UAAUAACCCAUAAUAAUAAAUCUUCAAAAUUACCAAGACUGCUCAAUGUUACAGCUGCUCAGUCUGGCGGUCUCGUUCAUAAUUACCAUCAAGUUUAUAAAGGUCAGGGUCUUGAAUAUGGGUUUCCUUUGCUCUGUGCUCUGUUCCACUCACUGCUCGCCUAACUUGUUAACGUCCUCGUCGCUGGCUCCGGCGGUAUAACGUAUUUACCACAUUGAUUUUAGUCUCGUGAUCUCGGCGCGUGUCGCGCUGUUUGUUGGUAUUCACGCCAGCUUCAUAAGCUCGCCCCGCAGGAAUCUUACUCCUUGUCUUUUCUUUUCUUUGCUUCAUUUGCCCCCCGCCGGGCACAACACAACAAUCUCUAUCACGUCCACUCCCUUCAGAAAUGUCCUUAGACCGCCGUCACCCAGCGUCUCUCCUCCCAAGGUCUCUUCAUAAUCCAUACCUUGUAGAACUUAUGCGUAGGUCUGUCACAAUGGAGAUGAUCUCCUACAUUGCCCAUCAGGCGUCGCGAGCCAUCAUGAUCAACGAGCAACUCCCUGCUCCCAGUGCCCUCCCAACACCCCCUACGACGCCAAUCAAGGCCCCCUUCUCUGAGACACAGGACGUCGCUCCUCCCGCCCAAGUGGCGCUGAAACUGCCAAGUCUUGUGCACUUCAUCACGCGCUUAGUGAAUAGGUCGAACGUUCAGGUGCCUACGCUACUCACCACCCUCAUUUACUUGCACCGCGUGCGUGUCAAGGUGCCUGCCAUGACCAAGGGCCGGCCAUGCACUCGGCACCGUGUCUUCCUGGCGACGCUGAUCGUAGCGGCCAAGUACCUCAACGACUCAUCUCCCAAAAACACACAUUGGGCGGCAUACGCUGAACACUUUGACCUCCCAGAGGUGAACCUCAUGGAGGAACAGCUUCUCUAUAUACUGGGCUACGACCUCCGCUUCGACGAGCAGGAAGUGUGCAUCCACUUUGCACCUUUUAUGCCCACGCGCAUCGUCUGCCCCCUAACUCCCCAGCAGGAAACCCGUGCAGCGGCGGUCGAGCGAGUUUCAAAAGCAGGCAAAGCCCGCGCCCAGGCGCAGCUACCAACUCCACCUAGCGAAGUUCCACCUCCACCGCCCAUUGGGUCCUCUAUUGUGUCCACAGUUCGCGGGAUUGCAAGGCGUCUCUCGAGCAGCCGUCUUGGAGGUACCCAGGGCCGUGCUUCUUGCAUUGCAUCACCCAUAUCGAGUGUACAUAGCUGCGACAGCUCGAGUGCAACUGACUCCGAGAUGGAAUCAUUAAUUGAGGACUCUGGGUCUUCGUCUGAUUCAGCUAGCAGCGUCUCCGACGAUGAGCAAGAGGCGGACGAGAAACCAAGCGUCGUAAGGAAACCGUUUGUCUUAGGUGGUAUCCCGCCCCAGGCGCACAGAGAAGGGCGAAAGGUAUCCGAAGCAGGUUCAGUCCGAUCUAUAGCGACCGUCCGAGGAGGCGACUCUCCAUCUCCUCCAAACCCGCCCGCGCCUUUGGACAUGUGCACGAUCAGAGUCGUCAACCGUGCUGCGGCUCCCGGAAAGCGAGCGAGCUCCUACGUAUACGGCAUGUCGAACGUCAAUCGGAAUCAAUCCGACGCUGAUUCCGCUGGCGGAUCCGGUAUUCCUGCUUCUAGUAUGAAAGCAAGCGUCAGCAUGUCUUCCAACGGGUUCCUUAGCCGCAUAUGGAGCGCGGCGAUCAAGGGUCAGGAGAAAGAGAAGCCGACUUAUGACCUCUCUGGUAAGGGGUCUGUGGGUCCUCCUGUGGUGAGCGUUGUCGAGCCUGCAGAACGCCAUCCCCCUGGCCACGGGGCUAGCGCGUUCCAUAGACUGGUACACUCGAGGUCUGCGAUCUUCCGAGCGACGGCCAAUCAGAAUCUACUUGACGUUUGA